AUGCUAAGCGAUGAGGACGCAAAGUUUCUCAUCGCGUUGAUAUCUGAAAAAGACGAAACGCUUACAAGUUUGUAUAAACGAUUUAUCGAUAAAUUCGACUUUAAAAAACAAAUUCAAUCAAUUAAUAUAUUAACGUAUUUUCUUGCAGAUUGUAUCCUAGAACAUACGCAGCAAUUUGUUUCAUUUUGGAUAAUAUAUCAGUAUUACUAUAAUCCUGAUAUCAAUCAGCAUCCCUAUAAAGCAUUAUUUUCUUUAUUAAUCGAACUCCAUCAGACUAAGCAAGGAUCAUCAAGUCAGCAAAUGUAUUCUACUCUAACACAAUUAAUCAGCGGAGCUGACAUAUCAAUAUUAGGCGAAUACACGAUUAAUCGUGUUUUUGGAAAUUCAUUUCCAUUUUAUCCUGCAAACAAUGUUGAUAUCUUGCACUCCAAAACACUUAACGUUCGUUGCUCACCACUUAUCUCUGAACCAAAUCAAGGAGAAACAGAGAUCUUAUCUCUGAACGAAGUUCUCGAGCAACUUAUCACAUGCCCUGCAUAUGUCUCGGAGUUUGAACCGCCAACAAUUCAUACGCCUCCAGAUGUAUUUCCAAUUACAGAUAAUGAAGUUAAUCAACUUUUUAUCUCAUCUCUCAACGUUCCACCUCUUCUUUUCGACGAAAGUCAUUCCGCCGAAAGUAUAAAGGCUGGUCGCGAGCUACUUGUUGAUUCAAUAAGCAGAGCUUUAACUCAGCGAGAAAUUCAGACGCUGAAUUCAUUAGUUUUCUCAGACAACUCUAUUAUCUCAGAAGAAGACACAAACGAGCAAAAUUUCGACAAAAUUGCCGAAAACAAUCCUGAAAUUGCGAUUCUCAUCAUCAAAGCUUUACCAAAUGAACGUCAGAGGCUCUCAGAAUACCUUAGCAACGCUCCUAAAGGACCUGAUAUUGUAACAACUGUCAAAAUGUUUGUUCUCGAAAACUUUGCCCCUCCAAAUUUCAUUCGCUCAUACAUUACAUCGACAAUGACAGCUAUAAGAAGCGUCAAGGAUAAUGGAAGCGCUGUACGUAUCUGCCGUCCAUUCUGUGAAGUAAUGAUCGACAUGAUCAACGCUGGUGUUAAGAUUGACGGUUCUUUAAUAAUCAAUCUUACAUCUAUAUGCGAUGACAUGAGAAAGUUCAAUAUUAAAGAGGCUUCAGCUUUGCAGUCUCUUCUUUCUGCGGAUUACUUAUAA